UUCAUUCAAAACUUUUAUUCUCAUCACUUCGUUUCGAAUAUUUUCUGUUAAAAGAGCAAUUAAAACACUCAUUUGGAAGAUGUCAAUUACUAAGUUAAUUCGUCCAGUCUCUGUCCUCUCCAAGUUGAUUAAUCAAACUCCGGUGAUGAUUCGGUUCAAGUCUGAAAAACCGAAGGCCAAGAAACCGAAGUCUCCUUGGGCUGAUGGUGGUGAACAUGCAACUUUGAAUGAUAUUCCGCUUCCGGAAGGCAGUUACAAGGAAUGGUAUGAUAAGAGGAACGGUCGCUAUCAUUUAUAUCUCAUAAGUGGUGUACUUGUUUUUGCCAUUGAGAUGGGUUUGUGGAAAGCUGGAACUUUUGAUGAUAUUAUGUACCUAAACAACAAGAUACCGGAGUAUCCAUAUGAUGAGGACUGCGAGGACGAUAAAAAGAAAGCAAAAAAAGAAAAGAAAGAAGAAGAAAAGCUAGAAAAAGAGGCAAAAGAGGCAAAAGAAGGGAAAUAAGAAGUCUACACAAUUUACCAUUUACAAUUUACAAAAACUUAAAAUGUUAGCUUUGAUCUACAAAUAAAUGCCCGGCAUUCCUUGUGUUUUUUAU